AUGCCAUUUAAAUACGACGAGCUACCAAACAAUGAUUUCUUCCGCAUCUUUGAGCUCAAGUGUGGAAAGGAUGACGAGCCCCUUCAAGGCAAUCUUCGAACACAUGUGCGCAAGGAGGCCCCUAAAUAUGAAGCUCUCAGUUACAUGUGGGGCUCUCCUGAUCGUGUCAAGCACAUGGAGUGCAAUGAUCACGAGUUCAUGAUAACUAGUAGCCUCGAUUCUGCAUUGAGGCGUCUGAGGCUGGCUAGGGAGUCUCGUUAUCUAUGGAUUGACCAGAUUUGCAUUAAUCAAGAGUCUCCGAAUGAACGCUCUGAGCAAGUUUGCAUCAUGAGAGACAUUUACUCUGGAUCAGUGCUCGUUACUGCAUGGCUUGGCCCGGCAGACCCGGGAGAGGCAGCCGAUACACGGAUGAUAAUCUCAGCUCUUGCAGCCAUCAGGUUUCAUGUGGUUAGCAAGCAGCAGUAUUUCCCCGAGAACGAACGUUUACAGGAACUUGGACUCCCUACUAGAGAGUCACCAGCUUGGGGCGCUUUAAACUCUAUGUUACAAGCCCCUUAUUUCUCAAGGGUUUGGAUCAUACAAGAACUUGCAGUCGCACCCACCUAUGAUCUGCUGUGGGGAGAUCUCCUCAUACCCAAGGUUGACUUCGAGGCUUUUAAAACAGCCACGCUCUUUCUCUGUAUGUUAUAUCCAGAUCCGAAUUGCUUAGACUUGUCAAGAGGGAGAGGACCAUCGAAAGGUGUUUGUCCAAAGAUUGAGUGGUCAAUUCCUAUGGGUUUCACGGAUGAUGCCUGGAAACAGGGUCAAGACUUAUUGGAGCUUGUUUGUUUAACGAAACGCUGUCAUGCGACUGACCCGGCCGAUAAGAUCUUUGCUUUAAUCGGACUCGCAGGCGAGAAGACGUAUGGUAUUGUGCCAGACUACACUAAGACUAAACCAGAAGUCUUUACAGAAUUUGCCUUGAAGGUUAUAUCAGAAACAAGGAACCUCGAAAUCCUCAACUACUGCGACGUGGAAGAUCCAACUGUCGAAGAACGACUUCCUCUCUGGGCGCCGAGGUGGCAUCACGAGGUCACGCGUCAUUAUUACAAUAUGACUGGCUACGGCUUUAAGUCUUCGAACGAUAUGGAGAUUGCAUUUCAUACAUCGACUAACACAAAGGUCUUGCAGUUGAAGGGUCUGCAUAUCGACAGAGUCAAAGAGACUCACAGCCAGACCCUGCAGAUGGACCAAAAUGCCAUGGCUAUCAGCAGGAUGAUUAUCGAGCAUGAAAGCCUUUUGAAGGAUCAAUACGGACUGGAUAUUAUCAGGCCAAUUGUUUUAACAAUGCUGAAUGGUCGAGUCCGGUCUAUUCUUCUUGAAGUACACUAUGACCGCCCAAAAGAUGAUUCUUAUCUCCAGUUGUUCACGGCGUUUGCUCUUCGAUCACUUUUGACGUCUUUUGUCAAAGACGGCGAUGAUGGCGGAAGUAAUCAGAGAGCAAUGAUCCAGCUGAUCAAAAUGGCAGUAGAUUCUAGCCCUUCAGCAACACCAUGUGAGCUGAUCUGGAAAGAACCCGAGACAUGGGAGUUCUUCAAAGACAGGCUUGAUCACCUAUACCCACACGACAUGGAAAUUGCAUCGUCCUACUUGGAAGUUCUGCGCAGGGUAUCUUGCGAUAUUGAAAAGGACUCUGUGAACUUUGUGCAGAAUACUGCAUAUACUUACCGCAGAAAUCUCUUCAUUACAGAAAAGGGCUAUAUUGGCACUGGUCCUCGUUCGGUCAAGCCCGGAGACUCCGUAUGUAUUCUUUUCGGGGGUGACACCCCGUACAUUGUCUGCCCAAGAUCAUCUACCAGCGAUGAGGGCCUAUUUCUUGGGAAUGCAUAUGUGCAUGGAAUUAUGGAUGGGGAGGCUAUUACUACUUGGGAGGAGCAGAAGGAUUCUCAGGAUCCAAAAUUCCGAGAACGGCUUUUCAAGCUAAUAUGA